AUGGCGGCGAAAGGGGUCCAAAAUGUUGGGUUAUCGAAAUUACAGUCUUUGAAUGGAAUUUUUGCAAUUUAUAAGAAAUGCGGGCCGACCUCAGCAGACGUGUUAAACAAUUUCAAAGAGGCACUGCUAAAAGAGGCAGGGAUAGCAAAUCCCAAUCCGCGUAAGAGGAAAAAACAAGCCUUGAAAAUCGGCCAUGGAGGCACUCUGGACAGUGCGGCCUCUGGUGUACUUGUUGUUGGGAUUGGAGAUGGGACCAAGAUGCUCACCACCAUGCUUGCAGGUUCAAAGAAAUACACUGCUAUUGGAGAGCUGGGGAAGGCUACGGACACGCACGAUGCCACAGGCGCUGUUGUACAAGAGAAAAGCUAUGAUCAUGUGACCAGAGAGAGCCUUGAGGAGCACCUGCAGAAGUUCACGGGAGACAUCAUGCAGGUCCCUCCCCUGUACUCUGCCCUGAAGAAAGAUGGCCAGCGCCUGUCGGUGCUCCUGAAGAAGGGCCAGGAGGUGGAGGCCAAACCAGCACGCCCCGUCACCGUCUACAACCUCACCGUCACCGACUUCAGCCCCCCACUCUUCACACUCGAUAUAGAAUGCGGAGGCGGCUUUUACGUCCGGAGCUUGGUGGAUGACCUUGGCAAAGCGCUGUCGUCCUGUGCCCAUGUGCGAGAGCUGGUGCGCACCAAGCAGGGCCAGUUCACGCUGGACGAGCACACGCUGAGGGAGGAGCGCUGGACCGUGGAGGACAUCACCGCCGCCCUGCAGCCCUGUCCCCCACCACCCCCGUCUGCCAAGCACCAGAGCGGACCACACAACAAGCAGAUGCCAACACCUGGUGGUCCAGACACCCUGGCUAAGCCCAAGACGGACAGCACGGAUGGGCCCAAGCAAGCAGACAGCAACAAGGCAGACCACGAAGCAGACAAGCCCAGUCCGGACGGCAUCGUCGCCCCAAAUAGCGGGACAGAGAACCGGAACAGCACUAAUAAUAACAACAGUAGCACUUUGAGUGAGAACAAUAUCAGCAGCAGCAGCAAUGACAAUAGCAUCAUCAAUAAAGCUGCUGCACAGCCCAGCACGCCAGAGAAGGCAGAGGGAAAGGAUCAAGCUGAACAGGCCAAUGGCAAAGACUGACCACUAGAGGGAGUCUGUUAGCCUUUAAUAUGUUUCUCUCUCUGGUGCACUGUAGCGGGAUGGUGACAAGGAAGAGCAUUGCCACACGAUGGGGAGGGCUUUUGUUGCUGCUACUGCUGAUGCAGCUGGGGGUGCUUCAGCUGGGGUUGGCCUGAUAUGACUGCAUUGUCACUGCCUCCACCUGCCAAUGACCUUUCCAGUUUCUUUAAAGUUUAAAGGAACAAUUCAACAUUUUUGGAAACGGGCUGAUUUUAUACUUGCCCUCAAUAGAAAUUAUUUAAGUUUUACCCGUCUUCUGUUCUCUGAGUGUAGUGAUAUUUCUUCUUAGCAUGUGUGUCAUUCAAUUGAAUGGGACCAGUGUGGUACCAUUCAGUUUUUGAUACCAUCCGCCUCAACGAUGCAUGCUAAGGAGUAGGGUUGCACAAUUAAUCGAAAAUAAUUGAAAAUCGUGAAAUCGAAGUCGUGAUUUCAAUUGUGAUUUAAUCGUGGCAAUAGUGACCUACCUUUUGAGAGCGUCCUUCAAGUCAGAACAUACUGACAUCUGUCCACCUAAGUUUCAUGCUAUUGCCUUUACAUAAUUAUUACAAUUCAUUUUAUUUUGCUCAUCCCGUAUAAAAUUCAUUCUUGAUUAUAUUUCAUCUUGUUAUAUAUAUAUUUUUUAAAUCUGCAAAAAAGCAAUAAUCGUGAUUACAAUUUUGACCAAAAUAAUCGUGAUUAUGAUUUUUUUUUCCAUAAUCGUGCAGCCCUACGAAGAAGUAAUAUCAACCGACUCCGAGAACGGCUAGGAACAGGAGUAAGGUGAAACUCAAUUAUUUAACUCACGGAGAAGUGUGAAAAGAGCAAAUUUCCAAGAAACGGUGGACUGCUCCUUUAAAGAACCCCCACGCCAAGGAAGCAUGUGGUUCCUCUGCCGAUGCUGACCUGACAUGACCGCAUUGUCACAUUCUCCACCUGCGUAUGGCCUUUUCAGUUCCUUUCAAGAGCCCCUACGCCACGCCACACCAAUGCAGCAUUCCUCACUCUGAAUGAGUGAUGAGGAGGCUGCUAUGGGGAUGUUACUGGAGGAUUUGUGUUUGUAUUUGGUGGAUUGUUCUGAGUUAAAUCUGAUUUUAUUUUAUUUUAUGGUGGAGAAAUGUUUUUUUGUUGUUGUUGAAUGUAAGCUGAAAGAUGAAAGAUAAGCAGAGCUUAAGGAAAGUGGGGUUUAAAAAAUACAGCCACAAUUUUGUUUUGUUUUAUGUGCUUUUUAUUUUCAACCUUCAUAGCGUGAAGAAGCGUGUUUUAGUUCAAUGUUAUGGACAAUGAUUUAUAAAGGGGGGCUUUAAAAAAAGCUGCUGAAUGUUUAAUAUUCCAAACAACAAAUUGACAAGUGAGGUUUAAAAAAAAACAUGUAUAUAUAUGUAUGUUUUCUGCAGCACUUAUUUGUUAACAGCGAGAAGAACAAUGUUCUAGUUCAUUAUUGGUGGCAAUGACUUGAAAACAGGACAUGACUUGACAUUUUUUAGUUCAAUAUUACAGGCAGCGGAUUGACAAGUUGACAUGAAAAAGGCUGUGUGAUUCUUUGCUUUGUGUGUUUAUACCUUUUCUGUGGAAAUGGAUGCCUUUUCACAGGGUUUUUUUUGUGUGCUUCUGUUUGUAUUUAAAUCCCCUUUGGACA